AUGGAUGAGGAAAACGUAAGCGUGUGGGUAUCUGACGAGAUAUUUGAAGAUGCGUUGGUCCAAAUAGCGAAAACCGCAGGGCUGCAGCAGGGUCGUGUGGACGCUUCAAUAGCCGUUGCGAGCUUGCUGCGAAUGUGGCGAAUGGCAUUACCGAGCAGUGUUGCAAGGAUUGUACCGCGAACUUUUGCCAGGUUGCUACCAGAACUGUCAUCAGUGUCUGGUGUUUCGGCCUUGGUAGACGCAAUUUGGCUAGGUUUACUAAAGGACUUGGAGCCAUCAUUGUCGUCUUCAAUCUUAGAAAAGCUUCUUCCUGCUCUCUCCGAAGAACACGACUGGCGCCUCUCCGCUGCCCUGCAUGUGUGCAGCACAUUGCUGCUCAAGUACGGCCGUCAGAGCAUGAAAGAAAAUGGACUAUCGCGGCAAUACGGUUCUGUGUCGUCAACUCUUAUGAAACGGGCUCACGAUGUGUUGGAUGUCUCUUCGCAGUUUGUUCGUAUGGGCGGCGUGAGAACUAUGUCGGCCAUAGUGACGGCACUACCGAGAUAUUGCUCUCCGCUUUUAACGGCUGUUUUGCAGGAACUGCGAAUAGCAGAUUUAACAAUGGCUACAAAACACUCUGAGGAAGCUGUUUCACGAACGUUUGCGGGUUUGAAGUCUGUUGAAAAGGAGCUGUCUUCGAUUUUGGGAAACUCUGCCGCCCUUUCCGUUCUUAUUGGGAAAGUAUCGUCCGGUGAGUGCAAUGUUCCGGAUGCACUAUGGCGUCAGUGUACAAUAGAUAGCCUGGUGUUGCUACGGCCUCAUCUUGCAACUCAGAAGCCUGCUUCUCGUGAUACAAUUUCGGAUUGCAUUCGACGGCGAGCUGGAUGGGGCUUAGUUGCGGCCCAGGCUAGCUCAAAACAGAAGAAGCUGUUUCAUGGAAGCUCUCUUGAGGAGUUGAUAUCUCUUUGGAAGGAAGAACUAGGGUUGGCCGGGGGAAGAGGGUCCAAAAAUGGCCUCACCGCAACUGCACCUUCACACAGAGCAGGGGCAGCAGGAAGCACAGUUCCAAGCACGUCUUCGCUCGAUGAAAUUCGAGCACAGUCGUCAGUCAGGUCCGCAGCAUUGUAUGCAUUGUCGUGUGCUCUCCGGAACGCAUCCUCCACUGAUUUAGUGAGAUGCGGAGAAGUACUUCUUGGGGCUUGUGCCGCCCGAAUUAUUGCAAAGCAACACGCUUACGGGUUAUCCAUGAUGUCGCCAAGCAGUUCAAUUAGCGGUAACAGUCCAGGUCUUGGACCUGAACUAGCAAAUAUUUCCGAUCCGACUCAAAGACGACAGACUGUACUGAGCUUAUCAAAAGUCCUCAUGAUGGAAAGUUUCUAUCUUGUUCAAUGCAUGAAUUUCAUCUCGCCUCGUGGGGAUGGUUCAGAGCUGUGUUACUAUAUUGCUGUCUGCAUUGGAGAAGAAGCCCAAAGAAUAGUUGGAGAAAGCGAGUCUACCAGCAUGUCAGAUCUGAGUGCGACACACGGAUCUUCUGGGUCUUUAGACAAAGCUUAUUUGUUCGAUACCGCAAUGUCCAAUCAUAUGCAAUCUCUAAACCGUCCAUCACAUUUGUACGAGGAUGAUUGCACGGGGCUUCACGAAGAACAUGAUUGUGAUGUCAGGACAUUGGGAGAAGACAAAAAUCCCUGCAGUGCUGAUUUGAAGCUUUGGCCUUUCAGCAAGCAAGGCUUCGAGGCUCUGAACGCCGAGGAAGUGCUUGCCUCUUGUGCCGUUGGGAUAGCAACUUUAGUGUGUGAAGAUCUAAAAGCUUCAGGUUCUAUAGUCGAGUCACUUUCCUCUGGGAAACUAGGACCCUCAAUGAGUGCACUAAUAGCCCUCGAGUUGUCACGAAGAUUAUCCUUUUCCGACUUGGCAGAAAUCAACCGUGCUCUUGCAGUCCUACAGGUACUGGCGAAGCGAUCUUUGGCGGUCACUGGAGGCACGCGUCGGGGAGCUUUGUCGGAAAGCAAAACAGGCAAAUUGUAUAUACCUCAUACAAAGGGAGACGGAAACAACCUAAAGCCCCAGGAUGUACCCGGUACUGCCUUUGAACGACAUACUAAAGCGCAUAGCUGGUGGAAAUGGGCGCAAUCUUUUUCUGACGAAGGCCGAAUUGCUAAAGCUCCAUUUCACGACUUUCAUACUCGGGCGCUUGGGAUUAUGCACAGUACCAGACUGGUUGCGGCUGAAGCUCACCGGGAAUUGGGCAAUACAGGAGGAGCGACUUUGUGGAUUGGACUAAUGGGAAGAGUUCUCUCUGUUAUCAAGGAUAACUUGAACUGUGAUGGUACAUCGCAGUGCGUUCUACUGGCAAAUGGCUUUGCCAGUCUAAGGGCACUGCUCGAGGUAGUGCCAAACACAGAACAGACCUUCUCUAAAAAGCCGCCUUGUCAAUCUGAUAUGGCACCGGGCGUCUCAGAUAUUGAUGCCAUCUGCGGAGAGGCAGAGAGAGUUUUUCUUGACGCGAUCGAGAACGGAAAUGUAGACGCCCAGUCCGCAGCAGCUCUCGCUCUGAGCCAUAGCUCUCUCCGUGUAGCUGCGUCAUCUGAGACUCUUCUGAAUGCAUUAUUGAAGGGUUGGGCAUGCGAUAGAGGGCAGUUUAGUGCUAUGGGCCAAGUUUGCAGGUCUGUCAGUGAGGCAGACGUCUGGACAAGUUGCUUUUCACGCAUUUGGCGAGACAUGGGAGUUAAGGUCUCAGACACUUCGCUGCGUUUUUUUUCGGCAGACUCUUCUGGAAUUGGGAGUAACUCGCCGUGCCUCACAGCCGGGGCUGCAGCUGUUUUGUCGUCAUGCAGAUUACAUUGCUGGGCUCUAACCGAGUCAGGUUACCAUGCUGCAAUGGAGAUGUCGACAGAAAUUUUACAAUGGACAGGCAACUCUUCUAGGAAAGCCAGAGCGGCUGGGUUGUACGCCAUGACCGCAUUAUGGGCCUCAAGGAUCGAUGAGGCACGAGUCCAUCGAAUAUCACAGACAAAUUAUGACCUUGCGACUAGAUCAUCUCUUGCUACCCGAUCGCAUCCUCAUGGGAAGGUAUCGGCAUUGUUACCCAUUGAAUCGUUUUCUUUGAAGGAAUCAUCUAAGAUCAGCAGCGCUGUGGGGCCGUUUCUCGAUGAAGUAUUGUAUGAGGCCCUGGCUCCAUACGCGGCUGUGGCGCAUAUGGAUGAACUUCAGAGUGCAGCCAUCGCUGCAGUGACGGAAAUGAUAAGAGGUGCUGGAGUAGAAGAAACUUGUAACAACUUACCACGAAUACCUGAGACUUUAUUCGCAGCUGUCGAAAACAGGUCAACAGCGGCCAGAAGACUGCUUCAUGUUAUGGCUGCGGCUGAUGCACAGUCAAGACCGAAAUACUGGUUUGGACUUUGUCGAGCCGUCUGUAUGGAUGGUGUUCGCCUGAAUCAUGGACCAUCGAAAGCGGUAUGGGAUGUCACUCACCAAACGAAGGUCUUUUCAACGAAGAUUGCCGUCGAGGCAGUAGAUUGUUCUCUUGGGGCCUGCGCAUGCACCCAACGUGAAAAGGAAAUAGAUCCAUCAAACUCUAUCGUGCACACAUGCGCGUACGAUUUUCUGCCGAAGGUAGCGGAUUUUGCAUGUGAAGUAUGUAAGAAAGAUUCCUUUGAUUUUGAAGAAUGUGUCGAGGGGUGUAACCUGAUUCAGAGAAUAGCCACACGAAUUGCCUCCACUGCUGAAGCAUGGAAGGCUGAUGACCAGACCUUCCGAGACUAUCGCACUAUUUGGGAUACGUGCCUUUCGACUCUUGAGCAACUACUACAAGACAAUGUGCCGCACGUAGUUCUGAACAGUGCUGGCUCAGCAUUAUGUGAACUUCUUAUUUCUUUCCUCAGGCUGCGGGAAAUGGAAUGUUUUGCCUCAGCACCUCGCAAGGUUUCCUCGUUCUUGGAGAAGUUAUUACGACAGGAUUUUCGGCAGCGACUUUUGUACUCUGACCAAGAAGAAGUGGUUGGGAUUAAGGCUACUCUUGAGACAGUCGCACGAUUGGCGAAAAUUGUGACUACAUGGUGCGCGACUUCCCACGUGGCUGCUAUACCAACCACAGAGGAAACGACUGCCACUCAGUCCGUCAACGUUUUGUUUCGCGCUGUUGUUGGGGAUUUCAUUUCAAUACUUACUGAGAGUGGACUUGACAUGGUUGCAGAGUCUGGUGGUGCCUUGACAUCAGCGUUAGAUGCAAAGGAGGGAUUGCGGAAAGCAUACCUUCUUUCCAUAGAGCCUGUAGUGCUCGGUGCGAUUGCUUGUAUGGGGGCUUCUUGCGGUGCCAACUUCGAGCGCGACGGGUACUCCUGGGCAAACCCUGCCUCCGCCGGGACAAGAUUAGUUGAAGCCGGUAGUCAGUUUUGCAAUGUGUCGGUUUCUUGCUACGUUUGGUUGGUAACUCGUUAUGAAGAGGGCACAGACUUGCUUCAGCCGAGUGCAUCGUUUUGUGCUCAGCAUCAGGAAGCACUUUUUAGCUUUUGCAAUGCUUGUAGAGAGAGCAAUGUGAUUGCGAAAGAAAUUUUCGUGAGCUUCGCGCAAUGGAACAGGUCUGCUUACUUCCAAUUUGCUUCUGAACUUGCAGAUUUUGGGAAUCUCGAUAGCGCCUUGCUUACAAUUGUCGCCGAUGUCUAUCUUGGUGCCUUGCUGCAAGCAAUGCAGGGUAAAGGUUCCGGAUUCCUUAAUGGAGUUGACGGGAAUUGCACCAUGUCUGGCGCGAUUUCGGGUGUCACAAAGAUGAUUCAUCACUUGGCUGAGUCGGACAUCAAGUCUGCACGGCAUUUAGCGCAACGUGCUUUGGAUUGUUUGUUUCGGAUGAUUGGGAGCGAGGCGCUUGAAGUUGUGUCGAUGUACAAUGAUGUGGAAUUUCAAAAGGCAGUGUGCAACUGCACGUCUCGAUGUAUAAACUAUGCAACAGACCCCAGUCGGGCAGCACGCAGUUGUAUUUCAAGGGUCAUGGAAAUAUUUCAGUGCGCAUAUAGAGAAGAAUCGCUCGCACUCCUUAAGCUUGCCAUGGCGAUGGGGACCACUCUUUGUGGGAUCGUUAACGAGAGGAAAACAGAGGACAAACUAGUGGAAAUGCUGCAAACCCCAAUCGCAAAUGAAAAAGAAGAAGAUUCUCCUGCUGAGUUAACGUUGGGAUGGACACUGCGAUGCCAUGGUACUCAGCAAUUCAUUGUUGACAUGAUGAAACGGGGAUUACAGAAGAAUUCUGGCGGGUCUGGGAACGCGAAGGCAUUAGUAUACCAACUUGGUGUCCUCGGGCUUUCUACUCGUCACUGUUGCAUACCAACGUGCUUGCGGGUUGCUAUUUCCGCGAUUACUUUAGAUGCGGGGCGCGAGUGCGCAAUUAAUCGCGUUGGUCUACUUCUUUUCUCGAUCUAUUUAUCGAAAAUUGUGCUCUCCCUGCCGUCCAAAUCCGCGAGUACCACAAGUAAGGCGAGCCAGUCAACGGAGGCUGCUUCGUUCUUGGUCGAAAUCGCAGCAAACGAUAAGGCAUCGCUUCGAAAUGUUGUAUCCUUACUCGGGGAUGUCGAGAGGAAUACCGUUAAAUUAUUCUUGCUGGCUUCAGAAGUUGAAAGCAAGAAACUAACACGCAAAAACAGCUAA